AUGUAUGGUCUAGUCCUCUCCAACUUCAACCUGGUCUGCGCCGCAUUCGGCGGCUUCCUGCUGAGUUUCGGGCUGGUGUCUGAGACAUGGAAGCAACAAUUCCUGCUCUCGGAAGCAUUGAUUGCCUUGGUCGCGGGUGCAGUUCUCUCGAAAUUUGCAGGAAUCCUCCAUCCAGAGGAGUAUGGGUGCGAAGAGGACAAGAACAUCGACUCAAUCACCCUGGAAUUCUCCCGGCUGGUGCUCGCGGUCCAGCUGGUCCUCACGGGUGUCCAGCUCCCUCGGCGCUAUCUCUCCAAGGCAUGGCGAUCGGUUUUCUACCUGAUAGGCCCAACUCUGACGUUGAUGUGGCUCAGUGCAGGCCUGAUCAUCUGGGUGAUGUUGCCGCGUCUGGGCUUCGUCCACGCCCUGGCCAUCGGAGCCUGUGUCGCUCCGACCGAUCCAAUCCUCUCCAACGCGGUCAUCAAAGGCCGGUUUGCAGAGAUUAAUACUCCAAAACCACUGCAGAGUCUCAUCACGGCUGAAGCAGGGUUGAACGAUGGCCUUGGCUAUCCAUUUCUCUUCUUCGCACUUUACUGUAUCAAGCACUCCGGAAGCAAAGGGUUUCCGCUAGAUAUGCUCACAUCCUGGCUAGGGGGUACUUGGGGCUACGUUGUCAUUGUCAGCGUCGUCUAUGGCGUGGUGGUCGGCUACGCCGCGCGAAAGCUGUUCUUUGCUGCCAGAAGACGCGGGUUCGUCGAGGAAGAGAGCUCCUUGAUAUAUGUCAUUGCGCUGUCACUAUUCAUCUUGGGUACCUGUGGAAUACUGGGAACCGACGACAUCCUCGCCUGCUUCGUCGCCGGGUGCACAUUUGCGUGGGAUGACCAGUUCGAGCAGGACGCCUGCAGUGUACUCUUCUGGUCCGCAGCGGAUAUGUUGCUCAACGUCUCCAUCUUCAUAUGGUACGGAGCCGCCGCGCCAUGGACAUUAUUCACCACAAACAGUAUCAUCUCGCCCGGACGACUAUUGGCGCUGGCCGUCCUAAUCCUUUGUCUCCGGCGCUUACCGGCAAUCUUGAUCAUGAAGCACAACGUGACCGAGAUCGGAAGCCUUUUCCAGGCCAUGUUUGUCGGCUUCUUUGGACCUAUUGGAGUUUCAGCCAUUUUCUAUCUGCUAAUCGCCGUGGAGUUCCUCGAGGAGUUGGUCCAGGAUGGUGGCCAAGCUACGGUACUCGGGGAUAUACAGUUUCUCCAAGAUGCCAUGCGGGUCGUUGUAUGGUUUCUCGUCGUGAGCAGCGUCAUUGUCCAUGGCUUGGCCUUGCCGCUGUCUGAACUGUGCUGCUGGAUCCCUGUCGCCUGCCGUCUCGUACCUGGACGGGGGUUACUCGACAAGUCUGAUGACGCAGAAGCCGGACCAGACUCCGUUCACAGAAAACUUCGAGAUUAUUUCGCCGUUGAUUCUUCAAGUAAGGAGAGUGAGACACGCAUUGGUUUCGUUGAAAAUGGAUAUAACACCAUGGACUGA